UUGACAAAAUCCAUGAGUUCUGCCAUCCCUGACAUGACCUGUUAAAGUUAAAAAUGGAUGAAAUUAUGUAAUUUAUUGUUUCGUUAUUACAAAAUUAAAAGUACGAUUAUGAUUCGCGAUGAAGAUGAAAGAUGCGUAAAUUAGUAACAUUCAAUUUAACUGAUUGCAAUGAUACGGAGUUCCCAAGUGAUGUUAUUCACAACUUGAGGCAGGCUGUGCUUGUUCCAAUUGCUUACAAGCCGAAGAUCCAGCAAGCUUUGCAAAGAGUCGAUUUUCAAUACCAUAGAACUUGUAGUUACUCGAAUCUCUUGCGGGAGUGUAAUGUCGGCGAAGGGGAGACCCUGUUAAUGUUCUGGGGCUACGAACGCUCAGACAGCAGGGUUACUAUGAGCAUGUCCACCUCUAGCUGCUCCUCGUUGCACACACCGACAAAUACGACUAGCAGCCAGAGAGAUAAGGAACUGCGUUCCACCGCCCAACAGACUGAUAUAAGUUGUCGGUACUCCCCCGGCAUCUCUUCACCAGCGAAUCCGAAUGACACGGAGGAACAGCGUCAGAUGCGCGCACGCAUCGCAGACUCACUGACGUUCUCUUCUCCCGCAUCGUCUCUAGUGCAACCAGCGGGCCGCUCCAUGUCCAUCCUCAGCUCCGUCUGCGCGUUGCUGCUCAAUAAACAGGGCUCGCAAGCCGCGAAGGAGGUGUCGAGCUUCACGGGCAGCUUGCGCUCCGACAACAUCUGCCGCAUCUGCUUCGGCGGCGAGUCUGCCGAGCGCCUGGUGCGGCCAUGUUCCUGCCGGGGCACCAUCGCCGCCGUGCACCGCUCCUGUCUGGAGCGCUGGCUGCUGCAGGCUGCCACGUCCUACUGCGAGCUGUGCAGGCAUCACUACAUUGUCACCAGAAGUCACAAAUGGUCAUGGAUGCGGUCCAUGGCAGAGUGGGCGAUGUCCGGACGCGGACGUGCGCUGGCGGCAGACGUGUGGCGCGCGCUGGCGUUGGGCACGGCCAGCGUGCUGGGCACGGCGCGCGCGCUGCACGCCUGCGACGCCGUGCUACAGGCCGGAGCGCGCAGGGGCGGGGGCGCAGCACUCGCUGCCAAUCUCUUUUCCUCGUUACUCAUUGGAGUUAUUGGCGCGCUUAACGGGCUGCUGACGACGUGGAUGCUGCUAAAGAUCCAGGAGCACCAGCUGUCGUGGCAGGCGUGGCGCGACAGCACGCUGCACGUGCACGUCACGCUGGCGGACGAGGAGAGCACGCUCACCCCGCACCCCUCGGACGCCACGGUGGUGGGCGACGAAGAUGGAAACGCCACCGCCGACAGGAGCACUAAUGUCGCUGAUCCUUUUAUGGUUGCACUACCGUACAAUCUGCCCGACCCAUGAAGUAUCUGCAUACACGUUACGUUACAAAAAAAUCAAGUAUUAUUUUCGGUUAAAUUAAAUUGUUGUCUGGAGGCACGGCAGUGGGCCGCCAAGUUAAUUACUUUGCAGCAACUAUGACAUUUUCGUUUUUGAGUUUCACGCUGACUACCGGCGCUUGUUUUAUAAUUCUAAUGGGUUUGGUAAUAUUACGGCAUAUCAGAGACGCGAACCCCAUCACUAAGUAACUCUAAUGUAAGACUGUAAGGUGUGACAUCUAGGCCAACAUGUGACUUCCUGAGGCGUGCGUGGCGGGCCCAGCCACCGGGGCACGGGGGCGCCACGCCUGCUUCGUCCAAUACAAGUCACUGUAGCUCUGGUUUUCAUCAAAUAAAUAUUUUUGAAGUUA